AUGAUCAACGAGAUGCAAGAGGAACUGGGUUCCGCGCAAACUCACCUGACGCGGUUCGCAAAGAUCUUUGAAGAGGCGGGAGGCCACCAAGAGCAGGUGGCUCGCGACUCUCCCGCGGUUGAAUCCCUGAAAGUCAGACCUGUGUCCCCAGUGAGCCACCUCGUUUCACGCUCCAGUGGUUGCAGCAAAUGCGUUUAUCAGCAAGUUGAGAAGGACAUUGAAGCGGCUCGGGAAGCGCACACAGAGAACGACGACUUCGACGACUGGUGA